AACCUCUCUACUCACCGAAAGAGGCAGUCCUAAGCAGGUAGCUCAAAGCUCUGUGUGUUUUUAGUGAGAAAUGCCCUGGUCGAACCUGUGGAUCACGGCAUCUUGAUGGUAAACGAGUCUCCACGAAAACUGGAUAUUGGAGUGCAAGAAUGAGUUCGUGUAAUAUGCCAAGGAAUUUUGUGUAGUGGCUAAUAUCAUCAUCUAUAGUUGUUUUUUGUGUAUAAAAAUAAAUCUGUGCUCAUAGACACUCAUAUCAAAUAUGGAUACAAUUCUUAGGAACCUUAAACUAUGUUUAUUUUUAGUGUACCUUUGGAGUACUAUGAUAGAUUGUCAUUCCGGCGAAGUAGAGACGAUAUCAUGUACGCCAGAUAAUUUUCGUUGUUUAAAUGGAAGGUGUAUACCCAGGCGGUGGGUAUGCGACUAUCAGCGAGAUUGUGAAGAAGGAGAAGAUGAACACCAGUCAUGUUCACCCCCACAGUGCAAUCCUAAUCAAUUUUCAUGUGGCCAUUAUGUUUUUAAUCAGUCAUAUUGUAUACCUCGAUACUGGCGAUGUGAUAGAGUGGUAGAUUGUGUAGAUGGCACUGAUGAAGGCGAAACGUGUAAUUAUAGAAAUUGUAUGCCCAGUGACCAUAAGUGUGGUAGUGGAUUAUGCAUUCCUAUAGAAAAACGAUGUGAUCAUUAUUAUGAUUGUCGAGAUGAAAGUGAUGAAUCUGAUGAACUAUGUAAAACCAACACAACAAAAUGUAGAUUAAAUGAAUUUCGUUGUGCAAAUGGACAGAAAUGUAUAGAUGAAAGUAAAAAAUGUGAUCAUUGGAAUGAUUGUGGCGACAAUUCUGACGAAGCUGAAUGUGAGUUUCCCGCUUGCAACAAUGGGCAGUUUAGAUGCACCAACGCUAUCUGCAUUCCAAUGCGAUGGAGGUGUGAUGGACAUGCUGACUGUACAGAUCAUUCUGAUGAAGCUAAUUGCACGUUAAUAUCAUGCCCUGACUCUAGAUUCCUGUGUCCAGCAGAGAAGAAGUGUAUUGAUAAAAAGAAACUUUGUGAUGGAACACGUGACUGUGAAGAUGGAGCCGACGAGAAAAAUGCAUGUUCAUCUCACCUGUGUAGGUCACUAAGAUGUGAAUAUGAUUGUCGUGCAUCACUUGAAGGUGGUGAAUGUUUUUGUGGACUUGGAAUGAAAGUUGAUCCCUUGAACUCUCAAAAAUGUGUAGAUUUGAAUGAAUGCAAUGAAUGGGGUUAUUGUGAACAAGUAUGUGUCAAUACUAUGGGCAGUUACAUGUGCUCCUGUGUUACAGAUUAUGAUCUGGUUCGACCAAAGCAUUGUAAAGCCAGAAACAGUUCUGCUAUGAGACUUAUUUUUGCUCAUCAUAGUGCCAUUUUUAAAGUCAAUGCUGAAGGUUCCUUAUUAGAAUUGAUAACAAAUACUACCGCUGCUAGUGGUUUGGACUAUCACUAUGGAAAAAAUCUUUUAUUCUGGUCAGAUACUGUUACGCGGAAAAUUUAUUCAAUAAAGCUAGACCCUUGGCGGAACUCAGAUCAUGUGCCUGAUUUUAAUGUUUCUUUCCCAUGGAGUCCUACUGCAUUUGCUAUUGAUUGGAUUGGCAAUAAAAUUUAUGUUUGUGAUGCUGUUGGUCAAAAAAUUGAUGUUAUGGAAUUGGAUGGAAGUCGAUAUGCAAUUCUCAUUAGUCGCAAUCUCUCUUCCCCAAUGGACAUUGCAUUGGAUCCACACUUGGGUUUGAUGUUCUUCAGUGAUGCUGACAAUAUUGACAGAGCUAACAUGGAUGGUACAAUCAGAGUCACAAUCGUCAACACUUUCAUUUACAAAGCAUCUGGCUUAACUUUAGAUUAUGUAACCAAAAGAGUAUUUUGGUGUGAUUCUCAACUCGAUCAAAUAGUUGCUGUCAACUAUGAUGGAAGCGGAAGGACAUCCAUAAUAAGAGGAAGUACCAAAGUGCCAUCUCCUAGUAAAUUAACUAUGUUUGAAAAUAAUAUCUAUUGGACUGAUGGAACAAGACAGGGAGUUUUGAAAGCUGACUUAUACAACACCUCUAAUGUUCAAACUAUUUAUCGUGAUCGUUCCUUGUUGAAAGAACCUAAAGCUAUCAAAGCCUAUCACCCUUUACGUGAAGUUCUUGUUCCAAACCCCUGUUAUUUCAGCAAUGGUGGUUGUCAACAUAUGUGUCUUUUGACUCGGUCAGCUGACAGCUUUAGCCUUGGCUAUCGCUGUGUCUGUAAUGUUGGCUAUGAGAUUACAUCGAAUGGAAAAACUUGCAAAAAGGUUGAAGAAUUUCUGUUAUACGCUCAGCAAAAAUUUGUUCGAGGGGUAAUACUUAAUCCUGUUGCCAAUGGUUUUGCUGAUGCUAUGAUUCCUAUUGUAAGUAAGAGUGCUAGAUUUGUAGGCCUUGAUUUUGAUGCCCAGCAAGGAUUUAUAUACUAUUCUGACGUUAUUUUGGAUGUUAUUUAUCGAAUAAAAGUUGAUGGAACUGGUCAAACUAAUGUAUUAGCCUCUCAGAAUGAAGGAGUUGAAGGCCUUGCUUUUGAUUGGGUGUCCAAUAACCUGUACUAUAUUGACAGCCGCAAAGGAACUUUAAAUGUGAUUAAUACAGUGCAUUUUCAAUAUCGGCGGACAUUGUUAAGAAACCUGAAAAGGCCUAGGGCUAUUGUGGUGCAUCCUAAUAAAGGUUAUGUAUUCUAUUCUGAAUGGGAUCGCCCAGCUAAUAUCAGCAGAGCUUAUUUAGAUGGAUCUAAUUUAAUGGUGUUUAGAGGUGUCUUACUCGGAUGGCCCAAUGGCUUAGCAAUCGAUUAUGAAAAGGACAGAUUGUACUGGUGUGAUGCACUCCUCGAUCAUAUACAACAUGCAGAUUUGAACGGAGAUGAUGUGCAAACAAUAAGCUCUCCUCGCAUUAAACAUCCUUUCUCUUUGGUUAUUCAUCAUGACAUGCUGUAUGUGACUGAUUGGAGAUUGGAUGCAAUAUUAAGAAUGCAUAAAGAAACAGGAGUUGGUGAAGAUAUUGUUGCAACUGUUGAAGAAGGUAGUAGAUUAUAUGGUAUUAAAGUAUUCAGCAAAGCAAAUCAAAAGCUUGAUAAUCGUCAUCCUUGUUUGCACAACAAUGGCGGCUGCCAGAAAUUCUGCUUUCCUGUGCCAUCAAAUUUCACUGAAAUAGGUCUUCAGGUUCAGUGUGGAUGUCCAUAUGGUGAGCGGUUAUAUAAUGAUAAUAAAACUUGCCAAGCCGAUCCGGAUGCAGAACCACCUGUACAAGCUUGUCCCAAUUCUUGGGACUUCACGUGUGACAAUCAAAGGUGCAUUCCUAAAACUUGGGUUUGUGAUGGCGAUGACGAUUGCUUAGAUAAUUCUGAUGAAAUGCAAAAUUGUUCCAAAAGCACCUGUGGAUCUCGAGAAUUCUCUUGCAGUAGUGGGCGUUGCAUACCACAAUCAUUUAGAUGUGAUUCAGAUAAUGAUUGCGGAGACUAUUCUGAUGAAAUGGGUUGUGUUAAUGUCACUUGUGAAGCAACAGAGUUUCCUUGUGAGAAUGGAAGAUGUAUUCCUAAGUCUUGGAAAUGUGAUUCUGAAAAUGAUUGUGGGGAUGGUUCCGAUGAAGGAGAUUUUUGCACUGAAAAAACUUGUGCCUAUUAUCAAUUCACUUGUCCAGGGUCAGGACACUGUAUUCCCCAGAGUUGGGUGUGUGAUGGUGACAACGAUUGUUUUGAUCAAUCUGAUGAGCAAAGCUGUCCUCCUAUAUCUUGCACUUCUUCACAAUUUCAAUGUGCUAAUCAGAAACAAUGUAUUCACGAAAGUUAUCAUUGCGAUGGAGUACCUGAUUGCCAAGAUAGCUCUGAUGAACAAAAUUGUCCAUCAAGGGCACCUGAUCAGUGUGACUCUGAAAAAUCAUUCCAGUGCCGAACGUCUCGUAUAUGUAUUCCAAAGUCUUGGUAUUGUGAUGGCAAUGCUGAUUGUGAAGAUGGAAGUGACGAACCAAGUUCUUGUGGUGAAGUGGAAUGCCCACCAAAUCAUUUCAAAUGCAACAACACCAGAUGUAUUUUUAAAUCUUGGAUAUGUGAUGGAGCUGAUGAUUGUGGGGAUGGGUCAGAUGAAGACCAUCGACAUGCAUGUGGACCUGCUCCGCAAGGUUGCCCUACCGAAGAAUGGGCUUGUCCAGAUGUUACAGGACGAUGCAUUCCUUUGACUAAAGUGUGUGAUAAACAUUCAGAUUGUCCUGGUGACACAGAUGAAGGUCCUGGUUGCACUAUAGAAACAUGUACCACAAAAAGUAUGGGCUGCACUCACAAUUGUUCUGAAACACCUUCUGGUCCAAUUUGUACCUGUCCACUUGGAAAAGUUUUGAAUGAUACUAAAACUUGCAUUGACUUUGAUGAAUGUGCUAUUCCUGGUGCUUGCAGUCAGCAAUGUAUUAAUACAAAAGGUUCCUAUAAAUGUUUAUGUCAAGAUGGCUAUACACUUACAACUGAUAGGCAUAUAUGCAAAGCUACAAACUGGACAAGUGCUUAUUUAGUUAUAUCAAAUCGCCGAUCUAUAUUGGUUGCCAAUUUAAAUACAACAACUUUAGAACGAGUUCCAGUUAGAGUUGAGAAUGUGGUUGCUACUGCAUCUGAAAUGUCAACUGGCACUAUUUAUUGGUCUGACAUGGUUUUGAAAAAAGUCUUCCGCCUUGUGAAAGGAGGUGAACCAGAAAUAGUUGUUGGUAGUGGAGUGGAUUUAGUGGAAGGCCUAGCUGUGGAUUGGAUUGGCAAAAAUCUUUACUGGGUGGACUCUCGUCUCAAAACUUUAGAUGUGUCCACUCUUAAUGGAGAACAUCAUAUUGUUUUAUUAAAUGAAAACAUAAGCCAGCCACGAGGCUUAUCCAUUGAUCCAAGUGAAAAGGCUAGAAUAAUGUUUUGGACUGAUUGGGGAGAAAACCCUAGAAUCGAGAGCUGUGGAAUGGAUGGUACUUUAAGAAGAACUAUUGUACACACAAAGAUCUUUUGGCCAAAUGGUUUAACUAUAGACAUUCCCACCAAACGAGUAUAUUUUGCUGACAGCAAGUUGGACUACAUUGAUUUCUGCAAUUAUGAUGGGUCUGGACGGCAGCAAGUUUUAGCACGAAACCAUUACCUACUUCAUCCUCAUUCAUUAACCAUUUUUGAAGACACUCUGUACUGGACAGAUCGUCAGCUGAACAGAGUUUUAUCAUGCCAUAAAUAUAAAGGUGUUAACCAGACAGUGGUAUCUCAUCUAGUCAGCCAGCCUCUUGGCAUUCAUGUUAGUCAUCCCAUUCUUCAGCCACUGUCUGCAAACCCUUGUGAAAAUGCUACUUGCAGUCAUUUAUGUCUUUUAUCACCUUCUCACUCAAAUGGAUACACUUGCAAAUGCCCUCCAGGCUAUGGCAGAGAUACUAAAACAGCAGAAGGAAACUGUGUGCCAGUGGACAAUCCAUACUUGAUGCUUAUGAGAUCUACUCAAUUGGUUGAUAUGAGCUUAACUCCAGGUGAUAAGACUACUGGUUAUUUCACACCAAUAAUUGGAAUUGAAAAUGGCUUUGAUUUUGAUUAUGACAAAAAAGAAGGCAUUAUUUAUUAUGUCCAGCUAGAAGAGGAAGAUAAAGAAAAUGGUACAAUAUUUAAAGUGUCUCUAAGUGGUGGAAACCAAACAAAAUUUCUUGCUGAUGGUUUUGUGGGAGCUCCCUACAUUCUUGCUUUUGAUUGGAUUGGCAGAAACUUGUAUGUAGGAAAUAGAAAAGCCUCCAAUUUUGAAGUGGUCAAAGUAGAUAAAGAACAAGAAUACAGAAGAGUAAUAUUAAGUAAUGAUGGAACAGAGCUUGGUGUUGCCAGGCCAAAGUCAAUGGUAUUGGAUCCUGAAGCUGGAAAUCUGUAUUGGCUUGACGAGGGUGGAUUUUCUGGUGUCAGUGCUAAAUUAGCUGUUGUCAGGAUGGAUGGAAAUAAUUCACGUAUAAUUCUUAAAGAUGGCUUGAAUAAUUUAGAAUCUCUCACUAUUGAUUUGUUUCAUAAACGAUUGUAUUGGAGUCAGCGAUCUGAUUCAGCAAAAAUUUACAGUAUAACAACUGAAGGUAAAGAUAAGAAAACUGUAGUAUCAUCUGGAAUAUCAAAGCCACUGGGUCUCAGUAUAUUCAACAACAAACUUUAUUACCUUGAUCCUAUCUUUGAAAAAAUUUCAAGAGUGGAUUUACCAGAUGGCACAAAUAGCUCUGAUCUGGAAACAAAUGCUGCUAAUCUCAUCAGUAUGAAAGUAUAUGGCAAAAGACCUUCUUCUAAUAAUCAUCAGUGUCAUAAAAAUAACGGAGAGUGCCAACAACUCUGCAUACCUUUGGCUAAUAAUGAACGGAAGUGUAUGUGCGGUACAGGUUUUCAAUCUGAUGGAGAAACUGGCUGUAGAGCGUACCAGUCAUUUGCAAUUGUAUCAGAGUUAGAGAAAGCGAGAGGAUUUAGUCUUGAAGAUCACAGUGAAGCGAUGGCUCCCAUAUCUGGUUCAGGACACAAUAUUCUUCAUCUGGAUGUCCAUUUUGCUGAAAGUCAUGUUUACUGGGUUGAAUUUAAUCAAGGUGAAAAGAAUGGAAUCUAUCGCAUCAAACCAGAUGGUACAGAUAUGAAUCAUGUUAUUUCUGAUGGAAUUGGUAGCAAUGGCAUUCGAGGACUUGCAGUUGAUUGGAUAGCUGAAAACUUAUAUUUUACAAAUGUAUUUCCUCAUGAAACCUACAUUGAAGUAUCCUGGUUGGAUGGAUCUAAAAGGAUGGUUCUUCUAAAAACUACUACUGAUUCACCCAGAGAAUUGGCCGUGAAUCCCAUCAAACGUUAUUUAUAUUGGAUUGAUUACGGACAUUAUCCUAAAAUCGAGCGAGCCCUAUUAGAUGGUACACAUCGAGAAGCCAUUGUGGUCAAUCAAAUAAGUAGCCCCCGUGACCUGACUAUUGAUAUUGAAACCCAUGAUGUCUAUUGGGUGGACUCUAAAGAAGAUGCUGUACAAAGAGUCAAGUUUGAUGGAUCUCAAAGAGUGUUUGUUUACAAGAACUAUCCAAACCCUAUGGGAGUUGCUAUACAUGUCUCUAAAGUGUACUGGGUUGAUCGUAAUCUCCGUACCAUAUACAGAGCUGAUAAAAAUCCCAAAAAUGAUACAAAAGUGGAAUCUAUAAGAGCAGAUAUGGACACUUUACGAGAUAUUGUUAUCUAUGAUAUUAAAAAUCAACCUACAGCUGAUUCUCCAUGCAGCAAACAUAGCUCUGGUAGGUGUGAACAACUUUGUUUUGCCAUGCCUGAAACUGCAAAUCAAACUUUCAAAUGUGCAUGUGCAAGUGGCAUGCUCGGAUCGGAUGGCAGAACAUGUGGUGAUUUGAAAGAAUAUAUUGUAUUUACUACCAGACGAGAAAUAAGAAGUUUGCAUUUAGAUCCUAAGGUUACCAGUGUUCCAUUCCCCACAAAAACAAAUUUGUCUAAUGUGGUUGGACUGGAUUUUGAUUAUAAGGACAAAAAAAUAUUUUUUACACAAAUACGUCCUGAUGGCAGCAUAUCGUGGGCUAAUAUGGACCAAAUGGAUAAAGUUAAUGUUAUUCUAAACAAAGGAAUAAAUCCAGAAGGUAUUGCUUAUGAUUGGACUCGACAAAAAAUAUAUUGGACCGAUUCAGGGAACCGAAGCAUAUAUGCUAUGAACAUGGAUUCUUCUAAUAUUGUUAUGAUUACUAGAGUUGAAAGACCUCGUGCUCUUGUUCUAGAUCCAUGCCAAGGAUAUAUGUAUUACACAGACUGGGGUAGGUUUGGUAAUACUGGCAAGAUCUACAAAGCAACAAUGGCGGGAAAUAAUAAAAUAGCUAUACAUGAAACUAAUUUGACACAACCAAGUGGACUUGCUCUUGACUAUGAUGAGCAGAAAUUAUACUGGACAGAUGCUCUUAGGGAGAAAAUUGAACGAUCAGAUUUAGAUGGACAAAAUCGAGAAGUUUUAGUGUCGGCUACAAUUUAUCCUUUUGCUAUCACUGUGUAUGGAAAAUACAUUUAUUGGACUGAUUUACAAUUGAGAGGUGUAUAUCGUGCUGAAAAACACACUGGUGCGGGAAUGAUUGAAAUGAUUAAAAGGCUUGAAGAAUCUCCUCGUGAUAUACACAUCUUUGCACCAGAUCGACAGAAGUGUGAUAGUGAUCUGUGUAAAAUAAAUAAUGGUGGUUGUGCACAUUCCUGUCAUCCAGCGCCUAAUGGAACUAUCGAGUGCUUGUGCGAAAAAGGUUUUAAGGUCGUUAACGAAGGGCGCAUGUGUGCAAAUGAUAAUAUUACCUGCACUGAUAAUAAAUAUACUUGUGGAAAUGGAAAAUGCAUACCUCGUCUUUGGGCUUGUGAUGGUGAUGAUGAUUGUGGUGAUAAUACAGAUGAAGAUAAAAAUUUCUGUUCAUUGCACACUUGUAGUCCAGCAGAAUUCAGAUGUGGUGUGGGUCGAUGUAUAUUCAAAACUUGGAGAUGUGAUCAUGAAAAUGAUUGUGGUGACGGUACUGAUGAAUUGGAUUGUACUUAUCCACCCUGUGCUGAUGGAGAGUUCACAUGUGCCAACUUCCGUUGCAUUCCACAGUCUCAACUCUGUAACGGAGUAAAUGAUUGUAAAGAUAACAAAACUUCAGAUGAGAGCUCAGAACUUUGUAAAAACAACAGAACCUGUCCCAGCAAUCAUAUCAAGUGCAAUACCACUAACAUUUGUGUUGAGCCAUACUGGCUAUGUGAUGGCGAUAAUGAUUGUGGUGAUAAUUCUGAUGAAAAUCCAGCUUUGUGUGCUCAGCGAACUUGUCCACCAAAUAGUUUCAGAUGUUCAAGCCAUAGAUGUGUUCCUGCAACUUGGUAUUGUGAUGGUGAUGAUGAUUGUGGUGAUGGAGCUGAUGAACCUGAAGAAUAUUGCAAAAGUGAAAAGAAAACCUGCUUUGGGGAUCUCUUCACGUGUGAUAAUGGCAACUGUGUUCCUAGAAUUUAUAUUUGUGAUGGUGAUAAUGAUUGUCUUGAUAAUUCAGAUGAAGAUGAACGCCAUCAAUGUGAAACCAGGAAGUGUGAUCCCGAAAAAGAGUUUACCUGUGUGCAAAAUAAACAGUGGGGCAGAGCUUCUUGCAUACCAAAGCGAUGGGUCUGUGAUGGUGAUCCUGAUUGUGUUGAUGGUGCAGAUGAGAACAGCACUCUGCACAGUUGUGCCCCUCCAGAGCCUUGUGAGCCCAAUCAAUUCCAGUGUGAUAAUAGACGGUGCAUCAAUAAAGAGUGGAUGUGUGAUCAUGACAAUGAUUGUGGUGAUGGAUCUGAUGAACCAAAGAACUGCACUUUCCGAACUUGUAAUGAUGAGGAAUUUACUUGUCGCAAUGCCAAAUGCAUUCGUAAAAUGUACCAUUGUGAUGGUGAAGACGACUGUGGAGAUGGUAGCGAUGAAUUAGCAAAAGACUGUGCAACUGAAGCUCCAAAAUGUGCCAAAAAUGAAUUCAAGUGCAAAAGUGGUCAGUGUAUUCCUUUAGAACGAGUCUGCAAUAAAGUAGUGGAUUGUGAUGACAGCUCAGAUGAGCCAGCUCAUUGCCAUGUCGAUGAAUGUUCUAAAGUUGAAACAAAUCAAUGUGAGCAUAAAUGUGUGAAUACUCUUACUGGAUUUUACUGUGAAUGCACUGAAGGCUAUGAGCUUGCGAAGGAUGGAAAAGCUUGCAAGGACAUUGACGAAUGUGUUGUUAAGCCAGAGGUGUGCUCUCAGUAUUGCUUUAAUACUCCUGGAUCUUACUAUUGUAAAUGCAAUGAAACGUAUUAUGAAAGAGAACUUGAUGGCCGAACUUGUAAAAGGAAAGAUAAUAAAGAACCAUGGCUUAUAUUUACUAAUAGAUAUUAUCUGAGAAACAUGAGUAUUGAUGGUAAUCAAUACAAUCUUAUCAAAAUGGAUUUAAGAAAUGUAGUGGCUUUAGAUUUUGAUUUCCACAAAAGUCAGCUUUAUUUCUGUGAUGUAGGGAACAAGACAAUUAGCCGUAUUUCUAUAGAUGGCACUGGAGAAGAGACACUAAUACGCCAUGAUACUCAAGGAUUAGAAGGAUUAGCUGUUGACUGGAUUGGAAGGAAAAUCUAUUGGCUCGACCGAACUUCCAAACAGCUGGAUGUUGCUGAACUUGAUGGUACUAACAGAAAAACAUUGUUAUCUGGCAAAAUAUCUGAUCCAAGAGCUAUUGCUGUGCAUCCUGGUAUUGGAUAUGUGUAUUUCUCUGAUUGGGGACACCAUGCUUAUAUUGCUCGAAUGGGAAUGGAUGGAGCAAAUUUCUCUCGAAUUGUACUUUAUGAAAACAAACUUGUGUGGCCUAAUGCCUUGACCAUUGACUAUUUCAGUGAUAAGAUAUUUUGGGCUGAUGCUCAUUUAGAUUACAUUGAAUUUGCUGAUUUGGAUGGGAGAAAUCGCCACGUAGUUCUGUCUGGUAAUUCAGUUCCUCAUGUGUUUGCUCUCAGUGUGUUUGAUAAUUUCAUCUAUUGGACUGACUGGAAUUUGAAAGGAGUUUUCCGAGCAGACAAGUUUACUGGAGAGCAUUUGCAAGUAUUGAGAAAUACUUCACAUCGACCUUAUGACAUUCACAUUUAUCAUCCACUUCGACAAUUACCAUAUACAAAUCCUUGUGGUAAGAAUAAUGGAGGCUGCUCUCAUCUUUGCUUGAUUUCUCCUGGUGGUGAUAAAUAUACGUGUGCAUGCCCAGACAAUUUUAUUCUAAUGCAGCAGCCUCUUGGCUCUGCAGCGGCCAAUCAUCGCUGUAUUGCUAACUGUACAUUAGGACAACAUCUAUGUGGAGGCGACGAUUCUAGAUGUAUUCCUAUUUAUUAUAAAUGUGAUGGAAAUAAAGAUUGUAGAGAUGGCUCUGAUGAAGCCGGAUGUCCUCCAUUUUCUUGCAAACCUGGCCAAUUUCAAUGUCGUAACAAUCAAAGUUGCAUUUCUCGCAUUCGAAUUUGUGAUGGAACUGCUGACUGUAGUGACAGAUCUGAUGAAGAAUUCUGUGUCCAUGAUUGUGGAGAACAUAGCUUUAAAUGCAACAGCACUGGACGCUGUGUUUCUGAAGCUUGGCAUUGUGAUGGAGAUGAAGAUUGUCCUGAUGGUUCUGAUGAAGAUCCAGCCCUGUGCCAUAAAAAAGAAUGUGAUCCUGAAACUCAAUUCAAGUGUAACAAUGGGAAAUGCAUUCCUAAGUUGUGGUAUUGUGAUUUUGAUGAUGAUUGUGGCGACAAUUCUGAUGAACCGUCUCACCGAUGCCGUAACCGCAACUGCACAACUGGCUGGAGAAAAUGUCCCACUCAUGGUAACUAUCGCUGUAUACCAAGUUGGCUGUUCUGCGAUGGUAAAGACGAUUGCCGUGAUAACUCAGAUGAAACUGAUCCUGUGUAUUGUCCUAAAUGUCACCAAGCUGGUGAUUUUGAAUGUAGAAAUAAGAGGUGUAUUCCUCUAAGAUGGAGAUGCGACUUUGAAGAUGACUGCGGUGACAACUCAGAUGAAGAUCCCAGCAUUUGCACGGAGUUGUAUCGUGACUGUACUGAAAGUGAAUUCCAAUGUUCGAAUAAAAAGUGCAUUCCAAUGAGAUGGCGCUGUGAUCAUGAUGAUGAUUGUGAUGAUGGAUCAGAUGAAAUAGGCUGCUUAAACUACGAAUGUCCCACUGACCAAUUUAAAUGCAAAAGUGGCCACUGCAUUGCAAGUAGACUAAAAUGUGAUGGUAAUAAAGACUGCAAUGAUGUGUCUGAUGAACAAGGCUGUCCACCCAGGUAUCCAGAUGGAAAGUAUUGUCAAGAAAAUAUGUUCCAAUGCAACAAUACAGUUUGUAUUCGACGAGAUUUCCUAUGUGAUGGUGAUGAUGACUGCGGUGAUCAAUCGGAUGAGAAACCAGAUUUGUGUAGAGCUUUCUCCUGCGACAUGAGCCAUAAAUUCCAAUGUGCUAACCAUCGUUGUAUUCCUGUAUGGCAUGUUUGCAAUGGUCAAGAUGAUUGUGGUGAUGGUUCUGAUGAAAACAAUCAUACCAUGUGUGAGAAACCUCCAAUAAUAUGCUCAAGUGAAGAAUUUAAAUGCCUUUCUCAGAAAUGUGUUCCAUUGACAGCUGUCUGCAACUUGGAGGAUGAUUGUGGUGAUUUAUCUGAUGAAAAAGGAUGUAAUUUUGGAACGUGUGAUCCCAUCAAAAAGGGAGGUUGCCAACACAACUGCACAUCACUUACUGGGGAAGGUUAUAUCUGUGUUUGUCCCAAAGGAUAUCAAGUUAAGCAUGAUGAUGCCAAAAUUUGUGAAGAUGUCAAUGAAUGUGCAACGUUUGGACAUAACUGCUCACAAAUAUGCACAAACUUCCUUGGUACUUACGAGUGUACUUGUCACUUUGGCUUUGAGAAUUAUGGUGGUCACUGUGCAGCCACUGGCAAGCCUCCUAUUUUGAUGUACGCAGCUACCACUGAAGUGAAAGCAUUCUUACUUUCAUUCGAUCAACAAUAUGCAUUUAUUUCUGGAGAAAGCAGAAUACAAUCAUUGGAUUAUGAUGUCUCCCGAGGUGUGCUGUAUUGGACUGAUACUUCAGAGAAAACAAUUAAACGGUCUUUUAUUCCUGAUGAUCCAGAUGCUAGCUCAGGUUUCGCACAAAACCUUGAAUUGAAAGGAUUAACUAAGCCUUCAGCGUUAGCCAUUGAUUGGGUUAGUGGCCACCUUUAUUGGAUGGAUACUGAUCUCUCAAGUGCACGACCCAAAGGACGCAUAUUUGUCAGUGAGUUAGAUGGUCGCUACAGGCAUGCCAUUGUAACGUUUGGUUUGGAACAGCCUACAUCUCUUGCCUUGGAUCCAGAGUUCGGAUUUAUGUUUUGGACUGAUGCUAGUAUUGCCCCAAAAAUUGAAAGCUCUUGGAUGGAUGGCAGUAAAAGGAAGAUAUUAGUGAGUGAACAAUUGGGUUACCCAACAGGUAUUACAAUGGAUUAUGCUGGUGGACACAGGCUUUAUUGGUGUGAUACCAAGUUGGACACCAUUGAAUCAAUGAAAAUGGAUGGAACAGAUCGUGUUACAAUUUUAUCUGGUUUGAACCAUCCAAUUGCCCUAGACUUAUUUGAAGAUCAUGUUUAUUGGCUAACUAGAGAUUCUGGGGAAAUCUGGAAACAUGAUAAAUAUGGACGAGGUGUUAAAGUUCGUGUACGCAAGAGUACAGAAAACCCAACAUCUGUUAAAGUGUAUCACUCUCUUCGAUAUAAUACUACAAUUAAAAACCGUUGCCCUGAAGACGCUUGUUCUCAUCUAUGUUUGCUAAUACCUGGUGGUUACAGGUGUGCUUGUCCUGAUGGCUCACCCAUUUCCAUUCUUGGUUCAGCAACGUGCAAUUCAGGCUUCGAAACUCCAAAACCUCAGCCAUAUCGUUGCCCGUGUAGAAAUGGUGGCCAUUGUGUUGCUGAUUCUUCUGACAGAGUUAGUUGUGUGUGUUUGGAAAACUAUACUGGAGUGCAUUGUGGUGAUUUUAGCCCUCAAAGUGCUCGCAUUGGAGGACAUGGAAGUAGUGUCGCUGCUAUCGUGAUUCCAAUUUUAACUAUACUGCUUGUUCUUGUUGGAGGCCUGGUUGUGUUUUACAUAUUUAAGAAACGGAACCUGAAACCUCAUGGAUUUGGUGGAAGUAAUCAAAGUGUAUCAUUUAGAAGUGGCACUAAUGUUGAAUUCUCGCCAACAUUCAUGGCUCAAAAUGGACCUUCUGAAACAACUAUUGAGGAACCUCUUGACACUCACUUCAAUCUUGGGGACUUUGACAAACCCACCGAUUUUGCCAAUCCCAUGUACGAUGUCAUUGGAACAGUUAAUGACAAAGGCCCUCAUUACGAAGUACCCACCGAUUCCAAAGUAGACAAGUCUAAAUCGUCAUCACCUGCGGUGUUGCAACUUAGAAAAAGUGCUUUGGAUCCAAUGACCGCAGAUACAGACAAGGACACAGUCGGACUAGUCGUUGAGGACAAAUCAGAAUGUUGACAUAUGUUAUAAUUUGAUGCAAGUAAAAUACAACUCAACUCUUCUGGAAGAGAAUAUGUGUGUGUCUGAAUAGCAAUUUAUAGGAAUGAUUGAAAUGUCUAAUUUUGUUUGUUAUGUAAAUAUUCCUUACAAUCCAUUCCAUUUUGACUUUAUUAUGAACAUUUGACAUUCCUUGGCGAUGUUGUGUACUAUUUUUUAUAGAAUAUGUACAUAACUUAUCUACAGAAUGCAUUACCAGUUGGCAGGAGACUCGAUAAUUUCCUGAUUUUUUAGGAGAUUUUUGCUCACUGAUAGAUGCAUUCUUUUUUAUCCCAGUUGUUCAGCUUUGAAUUAGUAUCUGGGCUUUGUGUACAUACGUGUUAACUAGCACUUAGGUAUUUUUAAAAUGAAAGAAAUUUUGUUGUAUUAAUUUUUUUGAGGUAGAUAAAUUAGGACUUUAAUAUAUUCACUUGUUUGAAUACUUAUCCAUGAUGAAUUAGAGCAUAUAUCAAAUUUAGUUCUCAAUAAACUUUAUUAAUUUUAGAUUACAAAAUUUGUUUUUUUUUUUAAUCUUUAAAUACAUCGUACAUAUAUGGCAUUUAAAUAUUCUUGAAUAUAUAUUUUAUUAUAGAUUUCUUAUGUUAAAUUAUUUAUGCAUAGGGAGGCCAGUUAAAAUCAAUUAUAUUUUUACGCUUUCCAGUAGAUCUGGACUAAUUAGUUCUUAGUCUUUCACCAGUUAUCUAUUUUUCAAAAAAAUUCCAAUCAAAAUCAUUUUCAUCAGUUCUGUUUUGUGGGUUUUGUAUUUACUUGUUUUGUGCGUUGUUUGUUAUGUAAAGGAGACAUUAAUGCAGUGUUUUUCAUACAAUUUUGAAAAUCAAUGUUUGCAAAAUAUAUUUCUGUUAACACUUUUCAGACAAAUGCCUAAAUUUAUUGAAUAUUUGCAUAUAUAUAUUAAUUUGUUUAAAAUGUAAUUUAAAUUUGAUUACCUAAAUUAAUGUCUCCUUACUUCAAAUGUUUAGUUUUUUUUUUCUUGUGUUAAAAUACAUAUGAGUUUUUAUUUCCUGUGAUACGUUUAAAUAAUUUUAUUUUUUUCAAAAAUAUUAUUUGUGAUUGAUAAAUUUGAAGAUAACUUAUUGGUUGGAUUUUGAAAAGAUGUUAAUCAGUAAAUUUGUGCCAUUUAUUAUUAAAAAUAUACUUGCACAA